AUGGCAGAUACAGGAAGAGGAGUGGCUGUCUGUGAUAACAAGUGUGGCUGCACAGUUCCAUGCCCCGGUGGUUCCACUUGCAGGUGCACAAGUGGCGACUCUGCUGCAGGAGGGGGUGAACACUUGACAUGCUCAUGCGGAGAGCACUGUGAGUGCAAUCCUUGCUCAUGUCCCAAAACUGUUGCUGCUGGAACUGGUUGCAGAUGCGCCACAGAUUGCUCGUGUGCAUCAUGCCGCACCUGA